AACACUAAAGAAUUUAAUAGAGUGUGUGUGUACUAAUAUGUAACAUGCUAAGGUAGGAAGUAACAACCAAAGUUAACGCAAAAUGACGACAGUAGAUAAACCAGCAACUUCUCAAGACUGCAUUUCCAGUUGUCAAUAAUCAGUGCAGUGCCAGUAGUGUGUGUAAAUCACCAUGGCUUCAUCGGGCCGGCUACGCAAGGUAGUGAUAGGAGGGGGACUCCUUGGUGCUGGAGCACUGUUUGCAGGAUACGUCGUGAAUAAGAACUCCUCUAAGCAAAUAUCAAAGAAUCGUCAGGCACAUGUGGUUGCUGCUGAACUUCGUAAUGCUCACCUUAGCAUUCCACUCCCUACUCGUGAGCAACAGAUACAGACUCUUCAGAGUACUCACGAGUAUGACGUACUCGUAAUAGGGGGUGGAGCGACGGGCAGUGGGGUUGCUCUUGAUGCAGUCAGUCGAGGGCUGAAGACAGCGAUGGUGGAGAAAUAUGAUUUCUCUGCUGGUACGAGCAGUCGAAGCACAAAGCUAAUCCAUGGUGGAGUCCGAUACUUAGAGAAAGCCAUUAAGGGUCUGGACUUGGAGCAAUACCGUCUUGUCAAAGAAGCCUUACAUGAGCGAGCAAAUCUACUUGAGAUUGCGCCUCAUCUGUCUUCUCCUCUACCCAUCAUGCUGCCGGUUUAUAAAUGGUGGCAGUUGCCAUACUUCUGGGCGGGCAUCAAGAUGUAUGACCUCGUUGCUGGGCGACAAUGUCUGAGGUCAAGCUACGUCCUCUCUAAAACCAGAGCACUAGAACUCUUCCCGAUGCUCAAGAAGGAAAAGCUGGUCGGGGGAAUUGUUUAUUAUGAUGGUCAACACAACGAUGCCAGAAUGAACAUAGCUAUAGCACUAACGGCUGCAAGGAUGGGUGCCACCAUUGCCAACCACACUGAGGUGCUCAGCCUGAUCAAGGGGAAUGAUGAGAAUGGGAAUGAGGUUGUCAAAGGUGCUCGCAUGAGAGAUUGUAUAACAGGGAAAAAUUUCAGCGUCUUGGCAAAGUCUGUCAUCAAUGCCACUGGGCCGUUCACAGACUCGAUAAGAAAAAUGGCAGAACCGAAUGUCACUCCGAUCUGUGCUCCGAGUUCUGGAAUUCACAUUGUACUUCCAGGCUACUACAGUCCUGAAGCCAUGGGUUUGCUAGACCCUGCAACCAGUGAUGGUAGAGUGAUCUUCUUCCUCCCAUGGCAGAACUCGACAGUAGCUGGAACGACAGACAACCAGUGUGAGAUCACCCAUAAUCCCGGUCCCACUGAGGAUGAGAUUCAGUUCAUCCUGAAUGAGAUCAAGGGAUACCUCAGCCCGGAGGUUGCAGUAAGACGUGGUGAUGUACUAGCAGCAUGGAGUGGCAUCCGACCAUUAGUCAGAGACCCCAAGGCUAAGAAUACAGAGUCUAUAGCCAGGAACCAUGUCAUUGACAUCAGCAGUAAUAAGAUGGUUACUAUUGCAGGUGGUAAAUGGACAACCUAUCGAAGUAUGGCUAAAGAUGCAGUGGAUGCAGCCAUUCAGACUUGUAAACUUCAACCCAAAAAUGAUUCCCUCACUGAUGGUCUUCUCUUGGAAGGCUCCCACGGCUGGACACCCAACAUGUUCAUUCGUCUCGUUCAAGACUUCGGAUUGGAAGACGAGGUUGCGAAGCAUCUAUCGGAGACCUACGGUGACAAAGCAGUGGAGGUUGCAAGGAUGGCAAAUCUGACCGGGAAAAGGUGGCCAGUUGUCGGCAAGAAGCUAGCUGAACAUUUUCCCUAUCUGGAAGCGGAGGUGUCAUAUGCAGUGAAGGAGUAUGCAUGCACAUCAGUGGAUGUCAUUGGUAGGAGAACAAGAUUGGCGUUCUUGAAUGUGAUGGCUGCUGAGGAAGCCUUGCCCCGUAUUGUUGAAAUCAUGGCCAAGGAGCUCGGAUGGAGUAAGGCCAAACAACAGGAAGAGCUAGCGAAGGGAAUGAAGUUCCUGAGUGUUGAGAUGGGUUUGAACUGCCACUCCUCCUUAUUAAAAGUACCAAUCAAGUUCAGCAGAGAAGAAGUAGAUAAAUACACCAAACGGUUCCAUCUGCUGGAUAAAGAUAAUAAGGGGUACAUCACACCCGUUGACAUGAGAUUCUUCUUAACGAGUGUUGGUGAGACGAUAACUGAAGACCAGCUGAGAGAUAUGCUGAAUGAGGUCGACUGUAAUAAGAACGGACGUGUGGAACUGGAUGAAUUCCUUCAGUUGAUGAGUGCAAUUAAGACUGGUGCCAUGGCGAAUGUUCGUCUAGAGAUAGCCUUGAGUAUGGGAGAAAAGCGUAAAGUCAUCACUACCGAUCGCAGCGGAGGGGGUCUGUAAAAGUUUCUCAUUUUUGUUUGCGUUUGGUUGUUGGUUCUUUAUAACCUUUUCUGAGGUAGCACAGUCUCUCUUCUUUUGCGUGCACCUCGGUAUUUGGAAUUAUAAUAACAUUAAAGGCACUGGACACGUUUGGUAAUUGUCAAAGAUCAGUAUUCUCACUUGUUGUAUCUCAACAUAUGCAU